CUGGAAUGACUCUUGUCCUCCGAGGAGCUCAUGCGCCACUCAUGCUACGGGUUUCCUAAUUGUCAAGUUGUUUUAAAGAAAUCCUCUCCCUCCACGAAGAUCCCCACAUUGUGUUUUCGGAAGAAAUUUCGUCAACAAAGAACGAGCCAUGGCAGACAAUCGGCCGGUCUUCUUUUUCGAUAUUGACAACUGUCUUUACCCAAAGAGUAAAAGGGUUCAUGACCACAUGUCUGAGCUCAUCGAUCAAUACUUCAUCAAACAUUUAGAGCUGAGCAGGGAAGAUGCCUACAGGCUUCAUCAGGAGUACUAUAAGACGUACGGUCUAGCGAUAGAGGGGUUAGUUCGUCAUCACAAGAUCGAUCCAUUAGAAUACAAUCGCCAAGUCGACGACGCUCUUCCUCUUGAGUCGAUCAUCUUCCCGGAUCCAACUUUACGGAAGCUGCUUCAAGAUAUUGACAAGAGCAAGGUCAAGCUUUGGCUCUUUACCAACGCUUAUGUCACUCAUGGACAGCGGGUAGUGCGUCUGCUGAAAGUGGAUGAUUUGUUCGAAGGAAUGACCUUUUGCGACUAUGCUCAGGAUACGAUGAUAUGCAAGCCUCACCCAGAAAUGUUCGCGAAGGCAAUGAGGGAAGCCAACGUCAAGGAGAUGAAGGACUGCUACUUUGUUGACGAUUCCUUCUUAAAUUGUAAGAAGGCUGAGGAGCUUGGCUGGACCACUGCUCAUCUCGUAGAGGAAGGGGAGCCUGAACCAGCCGUGAAGGCUUGCAAGAAUCAAAUCAGGCACUUGGAGGAACUCAGAGCUCUUUUUCCACAACUUUUCAAGGCCCAAUAGACACUAUUUUUUGCAGAGGAGAUGGGAAAGUAUAACCACUUCAGCUGGAUGACAAGUUAAUUCAGUGACAAAUGGCGUUUGUUAUCUUUAGACCUAGAAUAGAUGAAAGAUCAAGUGCCAUUCCGUGGCUAAAAUCCAUCGACCGGGAAUGUAUGUACGCCGUAAAACUCCGCCCAGGGUAUUUCCAA